AUGUCGUUCUCGUUCUUCAAGCCGUCGAGGCCCAAAACUCCACAGGAGGUGGCGAAGGCCAUCAACGACAGCCUCAUGGCCCUCGACACCCAGACCGUCGUCGAAGUUAAAGCCCUCGAGAAGGCUUUGGAAGAAGUUGAAAAGAAUUUUGGGACAAUGAAGUGUAUGGUUUCUGGAGAUGGGGAGACCGAACCAAAUAUGGACCAAGUUUCGCAGCUGGCUCUUGAAAUUUGUAAGGAGGGUGUUCUUGAUCUUCUGAUCCACAAGUUACCUAUACUGGGAUGGGAAGCAAGGAAAGAUUUGGUCCACUGUUGGUCCAUAUUGUUGAAGCAAAAAGUUGACUCUACUUAUUGCUGCGCAGAAUACAUUGAGAACCAUUUGGAGUUACUAGACUUUCUUGUCGUGUGCUAUGACAACAAGGAAAUUGCCUUGAAUUGUGGAAAUAUGUUGAGGGAUUGCAUUAGAUUUCCUACACUUGCAAAAUACAUAUUGGAGUCUGCGAGCUUUGUGUUGUUUUUUAAAUUUGUGGAAUUGCCAAACUUUGAUGUUGCUUCUGAUGCGUUCUCUACUUUCAAGGAUCUACUAACUAAACAUGGAACAGUGGUAUCUGAAUUUCUGACUGCUCACUAUGAUGAGUUCUUUGAUCUAUAUGAAAAACUCCUGACAUCUCCUAAUUAUGUGACCAGGAGGCAAUCUUUAAAGCUUCUCUCCGAAUUCCUUUUGGAGACUCCAAAUUCUCAUAUAAUGAAGCGCUACAUUCUAGAAGUUCGGUACUUGAAAGUCAUGAUGACAUUGCUCAAGGAUUCAAGCAAAAACAUCCAAAUCUCUGCCUUCCACAUCUUUAAGAUCUUUGUUGCUAAUCCCAAUAAGCCACGGGAAGUAAAGGUUAUCCUGGCUAAAAACCAUGAAAAGUUGACAGAGUUGCUUGAGAAUCUCUCUGCCGGAAAAGGUGAUGAAGAUGAGCAAUUUGAAGAGGAAAAGGAGCUGAUCAUCGCGGAAAUCGAAAGAGUAGCCCAAGUAUCUAAUUUUUGA